AUGAAGCUAAGCCACGCCAUUAGGCAGAAUGACGCAGCUUAUGAUGGUGAUGACUAUAACGAUCCUGACUUUGAUGAUCAUCGCUACGAUGAUGAGUUGGAUGAUGAUAUAGAUUAUGGCGACGAAUGGGGUUACGAAGAUGAUGAACCGGAGUACGACGAGGAUGAUGCAACAGAAGAAGAUACGUCUGAUGAUGAGAUUGAGAUCGACCGAACAGAUCCGGCGCAAGUGGUCCACGACCCCGAGGAUGAAGCCGAGCAAGAUGGUCAAACUCAUAACGUUGACGACGAUCAAUCUGAGCUGAGCUGGAUCGACGGGCCUCAGAAUGAUUUCAGCGAAGACGGCGAAGUAGACGCAGCGCAGAGCGAGGCUGACGUAGCUGCUCCUGCAGACGAUGUCGUUCCAGUCGCGACAACAAUUAUAACUCUACCAGAUCCAGCACCACCACGCCCACGGCCGUCACCGCCAUCAGAUAUGGCUCGACAAGAGAUUCGUCUGCGCCGACGCGUCCCAAUUCUGGCCCCGAAACCACACGACGCUAGCGUCAUCUUCGACGGCGGUACUCCGAGCUUCCUGCAGCUCAACUGUAUCCACUCGUGGCGACGCAAGAUGCUCUAUGCGACAGAGUAUAGCUACUCGCGCUGCAAAGGAUGUAGAUAUCGUGCGAAUAGUUGGACAAACUUCUGCUCUAUCUGCGGGCUGGUCGCUUGUGAUUGGUGCUCACAAAGCUUCCGCUACCGAUGCUUGGCCGAGUGGGAGUGCGCGGCGAGUAUGGUGGAUGUCUUCGUCUGGGCAGAGAAGGGUGUCGUACCGUUCAAGACUGAGCGUCGUCGAAAGGUGAAGAAGGUGGAGGACGAGAUUUGGGCGGAUCGCGACGAAGACAUGCUGGGUCUCGCGAGACUAAUCAAGGUUUUUGAAGCCCAGCUGUCAGAGCUACAGCCUUUUCUAUACUAUGGUUUUGGAAUUAGUUCGUUGUUCGAAGAGCUGGAGCUGGAGAUGCGGAAGGAGUACUGGGCUGUUACGGAGGAGGAUGUGGGUAUACCUGGGCUCACCAUGACGUUCGACCUGGCGAGUAACUUCUUUGCACCAUUGCGCUGGGACGAAUCGACAUAG